AAAGCCAAAGUCAACAUCGCAGCCAGGCAAACACUGCCUGCCGUGCUGCACGGGGGACCCUCGAGCACCAUCCGUUUGUAAGUGGCGGGAGACCCUCAGCCCGGAAGCACAGACGCAACUGCCCUUUCAGGAUGAUUUCAUUCAGGCAAGCGGCUUAUUUCAUCUGCUUGUUUGCUACAGCUUCCGGUGGGUGCGUCACUCAGCUCCAUAAGGACGUCUUCUUCAGAGGCGGCGAUGUCAGCGCCGUGUACAGCCCCAGCGCCGAGCACUGCCGGGCGGUGUGCACGUUUCACCCGAGGUGCUUGCUCUUCAGCUUUCUUCCGGAAAGUUCGACCAGUGACACAGACAAAAGGUUUGGUUGCUUCUUGAAAGACAGUGUUACAGGAACCCUGCCAAGGAUGUCACGGACAGGUGCAAUUUCUGGAUCCUCCUUAAAGCAAUGCGGUCAUCGAAUAAGUGCUUGCCACAAAGACACUUAUGAAGGAAUUGACAUGAGAGGAGACAAUUUUAAUGCAUCCAAGGUGGAAAGUGUUGAAGAAUGCCAAAGAAGGUGCACCAACAGCAUUCACUGCAACUUCUUCACCUACGCCACCCAAGCAUUUGCCAAUGCAGAGCACCGGAACAGGUGCCUGUUAAAGCACAGUGCAACAGGAACACCGACCAGUAUAAAGGCGCUGAAAAACGUGGUGUCUGGAUUCUCCCUGAAGCCCUGUGCACUCUCAGAAAUUGGUUGCCACAUGAACAUGUUCCAACACCUCGCGUUUUUGGACAAGGAUGUGGCCCGAGUGAUCGCCCCGGAUGCCCUUGUGUGUCGAACCAUUUGCACGUACCACCCCAACUGCCUCUUCUUUACGUUCCAUACAGACGCCUCGCCCACAGAAUCACAAAGAAAUGUUUGUUUACUUAAGACUUCCAAAAGCGGAACCCCAGGCGCCCCCACGCCUCAGGAAAACGCUGUGUCUGGAUAUAGCCUCCUAACCUGCAAAAGAACUUUGCCUGAGCCCUGCCAUUCAAGAGUGUACGCAGGAGUUGAUUUUGGGGGGGAAGAACUGAGCGUGACCUUUGUUAAAGGAGCGAGUGAUUGCCAAGAGACCUGCACAGAGACGGUCCGCUGUCAGUUUUUCACAUACUCUCUACGCCCAGAAGACUGUCGGGGAGACACGUGCAAGUGCUCCUUACGGUUCUCUGAGGAUGGUUCCCCAACCCGGAUUACAUACGGGACACAAGGAAGGUCCGGCUAUUCUUUGAGACUGUGUAGAAGUGGAGAUGACACGGGCUGCACCACAAAAACAGCCAUGCGCAUCGUCGGAGGAACCAACUCUUCCUGGGGAGAGUGGCCCUGGCAGGUCAGCCUGCAAGUGAAACUGAAAACCCAGAAGCACGUGUGUGGAGGCUCCAUCAUUGGGGACCGGUGGGUCCUCACUGCCGCCCAUUGCUUCAACGGGCUCUCCUAUUUGGAUCCGUGGCGCAUUUAUGGUGGCCUCUUAAACUUGUCAGCGAUCACAAAAGAAACACCUUUCUCCCAGGUCAAAGAGAUUAUUAUUCACGAAAAUUAUAGUAUCGCAGAAAACACGCAUGACAUUGCCUUAAUAAAGCUCGAGGCUCCUUUGAAUUUUACUGAAUUCCAGAAGCCGAUAUGCCUCCCCUCCAGAGACGACGCAAACGUAAUGGACUCUAACUGCUGGAUCACCGGCUGGGGCUUCACCAGGGAGAGAGGUGAAAUCCAAAGUAUCCUACAAAAGGCAAAAAUUCCUUUGGUGACAAACGAAGAAUGCCAGAAAAGAUACAGAGAUUAUGAAAUAACCAAACGGAUGAUCUGUGCUGGCUAUAAAGAAGGGGGGAAAGACGCUUGUAAGGGAGAUUCAGGCGGCCCCUUAGUUUGUCAGCGCAACGAAAUGUGGCGUCUGGUGGGCAUCACCAGCUGGGGCGAAGGCUGUGCCCGCAAAGAACAACCCGGCGUCUACACCAAAGUUGCUGAGUACGUGGGCUGGAUUUCCGAAAAGACGCAGAAAGGCGACGGACAGUCUUCGACGAAGUCGCCAGCGUGAGGGAGCUUCGUAGACGUGGGGCAGAGCCCGCAAUUCAAAUCCUAGCCCUUGGCGUACUUGCCUGCAGAAACACGGACAGCGACAUUCGUCCUGUGUCCUUUUCGAGAACAUAAAAAGGGACAAUGCCUACAAAGUCGCUCAGGGUGGUGUCGCCCAGAGGCACACUCUGAGCCUGGGACAACAGUGCUAAUAACGGGAGAUGCUCUCUAAACAUCUCGUUGCUUGUUGUGAAAUAAAAUUGCAAAAGAGUGGGA